AAAAAAAACUUGGAGCCACAGACUCACUCCAAUGACAAGAAGUGGAUGAUCCAAUCAUCAAUCGACAAUAAAGCGGGUUCCACCAGACACAGCGCCAAGAGUAAAUGCCAAGCUUUCACGAGGGCCAACAUGCCAAGAGGAAGGAGGGGGCCUUUCUUUUGCUCUCUCUUUUGCUCUUUUUAUUUCUCUCCGUCUCUCUCUCUUUCCCAAUGUUCUUCUCUCAAGGAAAUACAUCGAGGAGGUACCUGACCCAAUGGAAGGUACCUAAGAUAGUCAGGCACGUGCCAGGUAUACUAUCAUGGUAUGGUGUCUCGAAUGGCAGGAAACGAGGUAGGUAUGCAACUGCCCAAAACCAAAGAAACAAAACACAUUGUGGAAGGAAGCUUGGGAAGGAAGGAAGGAAGUCGGCGGGGAGGAGGAAAGGCAGCCGUUGUCAUUGGACUAGCGUCACCACAUGCCCCGCAACGCCAAGCGGCUGGCUAAAUUGGGACGUCAUGAUUCGAUAGCCAGACCCGCCUCUUCUAGCAAGUAUCUUUUCGGUGCAAUUUGUGGCACCGAGUACUUUCAACUUUCCAUUGUUCCUGCUAUCCCGCCUUACCUCUGACUUUCGGGAAAAUUCAACGAACCGCAGUGAGGAGACGGCCGUCCAAUCACCAGACGGACGCAUCCUCGGGAGUACGUAUCUUUCCGGGGCUAGGAACACCCGGCAUUCGACCGUCCACUAUUCCAGGUACGUACCUGGCAAGC